AUGCCGGGCUCUGUGGCCUCUACCGAAGCUGGAGAUAAUCGAAUUACUCCUACCACUACGAGGAACAGCUCGCCUGCUUUUCUGCCUAGGGAUUCAGAUCGAUCCCAAAUUUCGCAGCUCAGCUUAGAUGGUUCUAUGUCGAGUUUAAGCUCAGAGGAGGCGGUAUCUCAAAAACGUCGAGAAUGGUACCCUAUUGCGUGGAAGAAAUUACUCGAGAAAAACAACUAUGAUGGCGUCGUGACGGCUGUCAACCGAUAUCUUGAAAUCACUGACAAGACGAACAUCGACCUAGAUUGUUACUUUGCCUUUGUGAUCGCAUCUGCUGCUAAAAAGGACAGCGAUGUCAGCAUCUUGGAUAAGGUUGACAUGUCAAACCCUUCAGAUUCCGACCUAGUUGACAUCCACCUCUUGAGAUGCCUCGUAUUCCUGAGAUACAACGACGUAGAUACGGCCCUCGAAGAAGGGAAGGCUGCUUUAGAAAGAGCAUUUCAUCUGGGGUUACAGGAUAACUGUCAUUUUAUCAUGGGCCUGGUUGCCUGUUAUUCGGAGGAUUAUGUUGAGGCCGCAUUCCGAAAAAGUCUCCUCCCCGAAGGGUUUCAGCUGAAACCCCGAUUUGUUGAGCUCAUCAGGAAACUUACCUUCAAAGAUGCAAAGUGGCGUAUCAUGGGUGGGGUUUCUAUAUCCAAAGACAAGCCAAGGUAUACCAGCCCGGUAGACAUCACAAAAGAGUUACCUAUACCCUCUAACUUCAUGAUAUAA